AUGUCGGAAAGAGACGGCGUCUUCUCUCAUGAUCAACAAUCAACUGCUCUCAAAACCCUGCUCGAUUCCCUCAAGAUUUUCCUGAGAAACAAACAAACCUUCAUUUCCAUUUUUGCCCUCACGACCCUCCCACUCUCCUUCCUCCUCUUCUCCCUCUCCCUCUCCUCCCAUCCGCUCAAGUCCCACAUUUUCCACCUCGAGUCCCUUGCCCGCCUCGCCCCGACCCGAUUCGAGGCCCGCCAAGUCUGGAAGGAAUCCCGCGAUGACGCCGUUUCUCUCCUCCGCAUCAAGGCCAUCUUCUUCCUCCCCAGCUACGCUCUCUCCCUCCUCGCCUCCGUCACCGCCGUCACCGCCACGUCAUCGUCUUUCCAUGGAAAACGCCCUGAUCUCCGUUCCUCCCUUAACGCCGUUAAGCUCACCUGGAGGAGACCUCUGGUCACCUCCAUCUGCAUCUACGCGCUCUCGAUCGCGUACGCUUUCGUGCCUUGGACUCUGUCGAUUGUAUUCAACUCGUCGUGGUCCAGAUUCUUCAUCCUCGUUCUCGGGUCGGGUCUCGACAUUUACCUGAUGGCGGUUCUGGGCCUCGGGCUCGUCGCGUCGAUUUUGGAAGAGAGGUUCGCGUGGGAUGCGAUCCGGGUCGGGUGGGCGUUGAUGGCGGGUAAGAGGUUGUGCGGGUGGGCGUUGUCGGGUUUGUUCGUGUUCUUAACCUGGGUGGUGGCGAGGAAGCUGGAGGAAGUGAUGGACGGCCAGGAUUUGAUGGAGGGAUCAUCGACGGCGACGCUGACGAGGGUGGUGGUGGGCAUAGAGGAUAAAUUGGGUUGGGUAAUUUUGUAUGGAUUAGUGGUGCUCUGGGGUUACGUAGUUACCACAGUUUUUUACUGCGAGUGUAGGAAACGCCACGUAAUUGGUGGUGGUGAAAAUGAGAACGUCACGGUUUGA